CAAAAGUGGACGCGCAAAGCAAGUCUCCGGUCUGUGAAAGAUGCCUAAUUUUGUGGAGAGAAUUAUGUGCGUUUUUGUGUUUUGUUCUUCGGCUCAGUUGCGUUCACUAGCGUGGGCGCAGUCGUGUCCACCUCGAUGCAACUGUCUGCAAGAACCGCCGAUGUGUGCACCUGGUGUGCAGCUCGUUUUGGAUGACUGCGCUUGCUGUCUCGUGUGCGCACGACAGAGAGGACAGGUCUGCUCAGAUAUGAAACCAUGCGAUAUUCGGAAGGGCCUACACUGCGAUUACGCAGCUGAUGUUCGCAAGAGGACAGGUGUUUGCAUGGCUCGUGAAGGAGACAUCUGCCUGUUCGACGGCGCUGUCUACCAGAAUGGCGAGACCUUUAAUCCCAGCUGCAAGUAUCAGUGCACGUGCCGGGAUGGCCAGAUCGGCUGUUUACCGCGCUGCAACCUGGAUGUCAUGCUGCCAGGACCCGAUUGCCCUUUCCCACGAAAGGUGCAGGUGCCAGGGGAGUGCUGCGAGAAGUGGGUGUGUGGCACCCAGGCGGAAGUUAGCCUCCUCGGUGGCCUUGCCAUGGCCGCAUUCAGGCAGGAAGAGACCGUAGGAUUCGACAACUGGGACUCCAGUGUGAACUGUAUCGAGCAGACGACCGAGUGGGGCGCAUGCUCGCGUCCCUGCGGGAUGGGCACGUCCACCCGGGUCACGAACAGGAACACACGCUGCGAAAUGGUCAAGCAGAGCCGGCUGUGCAUCGUCAGACCAUGUGACAAACGGCAGCUACGGCACACACCAAAGAAAGGAAACAAAUGCCUGAGAACAAGGAAGACCCUGAAGCCCAUCCACUUCACCUUCAAGAACUGCACCAGCGUCCAAACCUACAAGCCUCGGUACUGCAACACAUGCAGCGAUGGGCGUUGCUGCACCCCUCACAGCACCAAGACCUUGCAGGUGGAGUUCCGCUGCCCCCAGGGCAAGGCAAUCAAGAAGGCCAUGAUGUUCAUCAACUCCUGCGCUUGCCACCACCACUGCCCACGUGACAAUGCCGUCUACCACCGGAGAGACCUUGCGUAUAGUGGCCUGAAGAUGUAACUUUCUGUUCUCUGCUGCCCCCUAUCGAAGACAGACGCUAACUGCAUGUAGGUGCUGGGGGUGACUGCAGAGGGGGCAAAGUGCCACAGGACAUUUAGUGAAGGGGUUCAUGGGAGGUGGAGUCUUGAGCUUGUCAAAGGUGCAUCAAAAUCUCAAGCACCAGACCCAUUAUGUUCUCUGAAUUUUAGCAGCAUAUGGGGUUUUCAGUCUGGAGCACCUGAUGAACUUUCCAUUAUGUUGAAUGCUUGUGAAAUGCUUUGUGCCUCCUUCAUGCACCCAAUUAGCAAGCAAGAAGAUCUGUUUUUUGCAUGUGUACUGUCAUACAGAUACAGUAGUUUUCUUUAUAUUUUUGUGAAAACAAUGGAAAUGGAAAUUCAUUUUCUGCCUCAUUAAACACAUUGGGGCUGUGAUAAGCAGGUUGAGCCCUGAAGGGCUCGGUGGGACACCCCUGCUCUCUGUUUUUUAAUGGGGAUAUAGACCUAAUUCUUAAAAUUGAGGCAUGUCUUACUGAGUACUGACCAAGGUUCCAUUGAGUGGACCUCUGUAGAAAUGUUGACUUGACGGCCCUGACUCUUCCAAGACUGUCACGUUAUUCCUGGCUAUUUAGAAGGUUAGUCAUGCAACCAAAGACAAUAUUUCAUUCCUUCAUAGGGAAAUUUGUCAAAAGCACACCAACUACAGUGGACAUCUAAACUGGUGUAACUGUUUUAGCACACUAAAAUACAGUCUCUUACUAAAUAUAUAAAUAUUGGGGGGAGGGGGGCUACACCUGUAAAUACAUAUUGUAUAUUUUGUCCCUGUGUUUAUCUAAUGCAUAUUCUUUUGUUUUGUAAGCUUAUGUAAAUAUGAGUUGUAUAUAUAUAUUGUUGUAUAUCUGUCAUACUCAGCUUUUCCAGCAAUGAUGAAUGGUAUUCUGCUACUUAAAUAUUUGGCAUUGAAUUUGUAUUUUUUUUCUAUAAAAACUAUUUCUCCAAUUCACUUCGAACAUUCAUUUUUUUAUAUGAAAUCAUCCAUUUAUGUACAUCAAUUGCACUACAAAGUUUACAUUGGCAAGUGAUGUUUCCAAUUACUGCUAGUUUAUUAGUAAUUCUUCUAGUGGACAACCUUAUCCAGGGGGUGUUGUCAUGUUCAAGUGUACAA